UCCUUUUGCGCGCACGCACGCGCGGAGGUAUUUCUGAUUGCGCCAGUCAUUUGCUGCUUGCGAGUGCUAUAGUCUUCGCGCAUGCAAUGCUGCGGCCGUCGAACAGUUCCACUCAGCAUUAAAGGAUUUCUCAUUCGCUCGCUGCAAGUUCGUUCUUGUUUCUUUUGGAGGAUCAGUACAGAGAAUAUCGUCUGCUACCGAAUGUCGCAGCAGACGACCCGGAUGCCCAAUAGUGCGUAGUGUAGCAAGGUGAAUUAAGGUGCAUGUUUCGCUGAUGACCGAUUCACAGUGCCCCGCUAGCUUUCUUUUUGAUAUCAUAUUACGGUUGUUCAUUACCACUACCUUGCACCGUUAUGAUGGAGCGAUGAAACUCGCCAUACUCGUUGAAAGAAUAAACGGAAGCGGCGCUUCAGGGUCGCGGUCGUUUCCAAGGGUGCUUAUGCUUGAUCAAGCGUCAAAUGCAUUCAGCAGGUAGCGACACACCCGGCUGCUUUGCGGGAUCGCUUGCAAAUGGGACGCUGCAAAUCGCGGUGCGACCGCGUUUUUUGUGCCCCGCGCGAGCGCCAGGAUAUUCCGCCAGCCACGUCAUUCGCCAAGCCCUGCAAAAAGGGAACGCUGACUAAACUGGUUGGCCGCCGAUGGAUAUUCUUACCUGUGUGGAAAGAGCGCUAUUGUGUGCUAGACGGCAACAAGCUGUACUACUACGACAGCGAGACGAGCAAGGGCACAAACUCCCACUGUGGUGUAAUCAACUUGGACCUUUUCGAUCUCUGUGAGGAAUACGAGAGCAAAUCCGUCCAGAAUGGAUUCAUCAUCACAAACGCCAACCGAGGAUUCUUUGACGAAUACCAUACUUUUGCUGCUGGUACCUUAUCAGAGGUGUGUGACUGGAUAGCACACAUCCGUACACAGUUGAAUCAGUCCAUAGUGCAGAAACGGACAUCCUUUCUCAGGAAGUCACUUGCAAAACGGAAGACCAGGAAAUCCCUUGAAAGCCAGGCAAAUGUUGAGAGCAGUCCUCAGGUUCCAGAUCCAACAUUGGACAUCCCUGGUAAAGAACCACUCGAAAGCAUCACUAAAAAUCGAGCCAAAGGCCCCGCGGGGAGACGACUGCCACAGCGGAAGUCGCAGAUGCCAAAAUCUCUUUCUCAAGAAGUAAGCAGUCAAAAGGUCUCAAUUUCUCACAAGCAGGAAGUGGUUACAGAGGAAGCAGAACCAACGGAGGUGGGUGCAAAGUCUGAGACAGAUAAGCCAAGGCCAGCAUCGGCUCUCUUGUACCACUAUAGUUCUAGCGAGGAGGACGACACGGAUAAAACAAGAGAGCCUGAAUCUGCCAGCCAAACUGAAGACACCAGGGAGCCAAGCCAUAAGCCGCCUGAUGGAUCAUGCACUCCAAACACACGCACAGAAACAAUGCAGGAUCGGCUGAGAAAACUGCGCGAGGAGCUGUCCUGCCACGUGGAUGACGUGACAAUGAAGUCCCUCCUUGAACGAUUGAGCUACUGUGAACUCGAACUGCAAGUGGCAGUACAGACUGUGCAGCAGGUCCUGGACGAAGCGUCAGCUGUGCUCGCAAAGACCAAGGGGGCCACCAAGCAGCAGCCGCCGCCAGUGCCUGCUUAGUCUUUGCACGUCCUGGUGAUGCCGGAGAGUGCUGCACUUGUCUCCGUCAAGGAGAGGACAUGAACUGCUGCGGAGGAGUGCGCGGCUGGCAACAGAGCAUGUAGUCUGCACAAGCACAGCCGCUAGUUGGGGUGGCGGGGAGGGGGGGGGGGGCAUAGUUGCAUACAAAGAUUAACCAGAGGGAAGCCUGCUGCUGCGUUCAACUAACAUGGUUGUGAUGGGUAGUGCAAUAUUUCUGGCUUCACUUUUGUGGCUUGAAAUGUUAAACUCAAAGUGCUGUAAUUUGACUGUUUUCUGUGUUGUGUGAUAUGCAGCGCAAAUGAGGCACGCAGAUGACAAAGAAGGCUAAGACAGGGCGUGCCUCUUUUAUGAGACACAUUGCAUAAUUCAAUACCAAUGUGCUCGUCAGUCUGCGCUUCAGUAUUUUCAAUGCCUUGCUAAAAAAAAAAAAGUAAUCGUACAGAACGUAAAAGGCCAUGGUGGGCAUGGCUGUCCAAAUGCUAAUAGCCAGAUUUCGCAGUUGCGGUUCAUUACAUCAAACACUCACUCACGCAGUGAACUUUACUUUAGAAAUAAAUUGCAUUAACUCCUGAAUUUUAAUAAAGUGCUGACACGGGCCAGUUGGUACAUGUCUGAAAAAACAAAUAACAGCACACAACGGGACGUGCAGACUGAGAUAGAGAGCGCUUCGUCUGCUGUCUGCACGUCCCAUUGCUUGCACCGUUAUUAGUUUCUUUUCCCUGAAUUUUAGCUUUUAAAUAUUGCAAGCAAAUGUGAUGAUGAAGGGAGCCACAACAUAUUCUCAGUGAAAUUCACUGGUGGAGUGAGGGAAAAUGUGCACACUACCUGCAAAUUUUCAUGGUGCAGUUGAACCUUGUUAUAACAUACAUCAACAUAAAAAUACCUUUAUUAUAUCUGAUAUUCGUUUAAGCAUGUGUUUCUUACACGCUGAUAUUAGCAACAGACAUUAACUUUAGUUCGUUAUAUCUGAUAAUUCAUUAAAUCAAGGUUUGACUAUUUGAACAGCAGCAGCAGAUUGCCCUCCAGUAAUAUUUGUGCGAGAGUAUGUAAGGGGGAGGGAUGUAAGCACCACAUCCAUGUCUUUGUGUGCUGCCCCUGCAUCGUGUCCCUGUGGUGCUAUGCCCAUCUAGCGGCAGCCUGGCGCACUUCACGCCAUCAUUACUAGUCAAAAGAAAUGUGAGAAGCCCAAAGCAGUGCCUUGAGGCAGGUUUUAGAUUUGAUGUUGCACUGGCCUUAUCGAAUUCAACCUGGUUUGCUGUGGUUUUUAUGUUCCUAGUGUAUGAUGAUGAGAAAUUUUAUUAGAACUGCCUUGGCCACACUUUCUUGAAAGAAACUGUAGGUACUCCAUGCCGAUGGAGGAACACGGCCUUAGUCUGCGAGAACUGUCCAGCGCAUGGAACAGAACAUUGCUCCGAAAUGGGGAGGUUUGUCUGUGUUAAGAGAGCUGCUAAUGAGAAACGCCAAGUUAAACUAGAUUGGUGGAUUGCACUUUUGUAAUGACAGAAAGGCCAGUCUUAAUAUGACUGAUGACUUGGUGGGCCAGAGCUGAUGGAAACCAAAAAGAAAGAACUAGUAGGGACACUGCAUUGCUAGUACCCCAUGAACUCUUUUAGAUUUAGAUAGAAUUUGGCAGCAUUUGCUGCACAAUGAAAGGAGGAUCACAUCACAUUUGGAAAUGCCUACAGACUAAGCUUGUCAAAAAUAUGUUAAUAGUGAAAUCUCAGACGUCACACCAACAUUGUUAUCGUAGCUUUGGUGAAGGUUCAUUUUCUCUUCAUGGAAUUUUUCUCUGCUAAGAGUCAACGUUUUUAUGCAAAAUGAAUUCAAAUGGAGUUUUGAAAGAAGUCCUACCAUUCUGCAGCGAGAUUACCGUAAUUUUUUUCUGCUAAUAGUGAACAAUUUUUCACAAUAUAAAUGGAAAUAGUUUUGGUGAAAAUUCUACCAAUCUAAAUUGACUUGGUGUCACUCUGUGGUGUUCCUUUUUCAGUGGCUAGCUGAUGAUGUAACACAAUCUGGUAGUGGAGAAAUCUAAUGUUGCAGAACACCCUGGAGGGAGUGAGACUCCCUUGAUAAAAAAAAAUUGCCUUAAUUCUGGUAAAUUUAUGCCUCUUAAGCUAAAGAGUGCCUGCAGUGUAUUAUGAAGGCCAUAGGGAAGUGCAUAUUGUAGAUAUAUUGGUUGUUGCCUACGGUGGACGGGGGACUUGACUGUGCGAUCAGAAAGAGAAUGCAUUCUUAUUUGAGUGUACAAUGUUUUCUAAUAUUGUGUUGGUAACUGUCCUUUUAUUUUUUUGUUCGCUUCACUGAAAGCACAUAUGCAUGGUCCGAUAUCCAUAUUUAUGCGUACAGCAGACAUGUCAAGGAUCGAAAGGUUGUUGCUGAUGUUGCUGUCAUUAUGGUUGCGUAGCUAACAUGACCGGAAAGCAUGAGAGAUGCAUCAUUUUCUUCAAGGAAAUUUCGCACGGUGUCGAGUGUAGCUGCCCAAAUUGAUGCUGUGAUUACGCUAUCUAAUGCACAACCUGCUGCAAUUUCUUGUGAAGUGUGCACAACAGAUGAAAAACAAUGGCACUUGUGGCUGGCUAGUACAAAGGUGCUGCCAUGUUCCAAGCAAUAAUAGUAGCUCACUGCACUGACAUUUAUGCAGAAGCCUUUGCUUGCAGCCAGGCACAUUUCUUUUGUUAUCUCUCAGUUUUCCAAGUUUGCUUUUUGCUACAAAAAGUGGAAUUGAGACAGGACUACUGGGUGUGUUAUACAAUUAGCACAUGUCCUUGCCACUCUGAAUGCUGAAAAUUGUUGCACUCUCAAUUCGUGACAUUUUCUGACUUGUAAUUUUUAUUAGCAAAUGAAGGUUUAAGUUCUUUAGACCCAAGAAAAAAUGCUUUCAGGCAUCAGAGUGCCUUAAAUAACUUACUGUAGUACUCGUGUCUACAAACCAGUUUCAGUACCUAAUAGAUGGGCGCAUUACAAUGUUGUGAAACACUAGCUCGCUCUGUUCUUGCAAUGGCUGCGACUGCCACAUGCGAGCGCAGCCAGAAACAAACGUGUUUCCGAUGUCAAUUUGUUUAUAAGCAGCAUAAUCAUAGCUAGUUUUGUCAAUGUUGGCAAAACUUCUCUGUUAUGGUGUCACGAUAAUGUUCAUAAAAGCCAGGUUUGGCAUUUUAAGACGAACUUUAGCACCAAAUUAAAAUAUCACUUGUGUUUCUCAA